AUGUCCUCUCCCUCACGAGUCGCCCUCAUCACCGGCGCUAGCCGCAAAGAUGGCCUAGGCUACACCGUCGCACGCCAACUCUCUCUGCAGCACAAUUUCACGGUCCUGCUAGGCUCUCGUUUCUUAUCCCCUUCACUGGACGAAGCAUUCAAGCAGUUGGAAACAGACGGCGCGAAACAUGGCGUGUUUCCUCUUCAAAUCGAUGUGGCCAGUGCGGAGAGCGUUCAGAAGGCUGCGAAGGAAGUGGAGGAGAGGUUUGGGAGGCUGGAUGUCCUAGUGAACAACGCCGCAGUGGGCAUUUCGUCCGCCCGUACCGAGCACCUCAGAGAGUAUCCCAAACUCCCCUUAAGACCUACGGAACAUACAAGGAACGACUUCGAUGAGGUCUUUGCGGUCAACGUUUAUGGAGUCGUUGAUACUAUCAACGCAUUCGCUCCUCUCCUGGUUAAAUCACCCUCGCCGCGCAUCGUGAACGUGACCUCCGUCGCCGGCUCUCUGAACUACGCAUCCACCAUCCCACCCGACGAUCUCAGAGCGGGGUUCAUGGUCUACAGCGCCUCGAAAGCGGCCCUCAAAAUGCUCACGAUCAUGUACAGCAAAGACCUUCCCAAACUUAACCCCGCGUUCAAGAUCAACUCUGGCUCUCCCGGGUUCACGAAGACGGCGUUUAAUAACUACUUGGGAACUCGCACACCAGACGAAGGCGCCGCGGUCAUGACCUGGCUCGCCACGCUCCCAGACGACGGACCGAACAGCGGGUUUUACGCCGAUCAUCCGCCGUAUUCGACUGAGAAUGGGAAGUUUCGGGAGGUGGAGUGGUGA